AACGGUAGAAGGCAUUUACUAGGACUCUAGUUCCCUAUAGGCAUUGCGCUUUGUUUGCAUGGCGCUACCGUCAGAUUUGUAAACAGUUACGCCGGAGUAGCUAUGGAUCCCGGGGUGUUGGUGUCGCGACUCUUUUGCUCGGUUUUGUGUGCCGGGCUCUUGACGUUACUCUCGCCGCCCCUAUGGGGAACUGCCUGUCGUCGCAGGGUACCGACGACUUGUCCCUGCUGAACGACUCAGACGGAGCAAGCCUUCCAGGGGAGCCGCCACCGCCCUAUCAGGAGCAUGCUCAGGUGCCUGUCUACCACCCAACCCCCAGUCAGACACGCUUGGCAACUCAGCUAACGGAGGAAGAACAGGUCCGAAUUGCACAAAGGAUUGGCCUUAUCCAGCACCUUCCAAGAGGAAUUUAUGAUCCAGGCACAGAACCUUCAGAAAAGAAAAUCAAAGAGUGUGUGAUCUGCAUGCUGGACCUUGUGUAUGGAGACCCCAUCCGGUUCCUGCCGUGUAUGCAUAUUUACCAUGUUGACUGCAUUGAUGACUGGCUAAUGAGAUCUUUCACGUGCCCAUCUUGUAUGGAACCUGUAGAUGCAGCACUGUUAUCUUCAUAUGAGACAAAUUGAAACUGGACAGCAGUCGAACACUUGAGAGCUGGAAUUGUUGUUGUUCAUUAUUACUAUUUGUUUUGCACUUUAGAUCUUCAGAACUGAACUUUGGGAUCAGGCAGUGGUUUGAUUAAAAGGUCUAUACCUAUCACUUUCAAGAGGUAUGUAGACCAGUAUUCCUUCUGUAGCCUGAGUCAUGAAGGAAACUGCGUGAACACAAACUACAGACAGUAGAUUGAAGCAUGAAUUCUGCAGCUACUGAAAUCGGCAGUUAGGCGGCACAGACUUGCUUUGGAUAAAGAACGUGCAUUAGCAUUUGCUUUAAGAAGAUUACCUUUGGGUGUUGCAGCCCUAUACAAGAUUGUGAGGAAGAUUACCAAACACAUUGAGAGAGUAGUUAUAAAUUACAAAAACAAAUGUAACUUAAUUUUGGAAAACAUAUUUUUAUGUAUGGAGACAAGAUCUUUGAGGUAAAGGCCAGCCAGAUAGCCUUUUCAUUUAAGAUAAAAAAAAAAAAAAGGUUGAUAAUAGUGCUUGAUGUGGAUGGACCAUUAGGAAGAGAUAGUAGCUAAGUGUGCAAUCUUUAAAACAUUUUUUGCUGGUUUUGUAAUUAUGUGCAAAGAUGUACUGUGCAGAAUGAUCAGAAAACAUACAAUGUGAGUUACGGGGUCCCUUUUUUCUUUAAAUCCUGUCCUCCCCGUUGCUGCCACCACAAAGAGAUGAGUUAGAUGCAUUUCAGAAAGCUGCAACCAAGAAAACACCAUUGCAGGUUGUGGUUAGGAUGCUUACACCUGCUUUAUAUGUAGAAAGGUCUCUGUCAUGUAGCUGGAGUGCAUCCUUUGGUGAUGUGCUCACUGGUGAAUUUUAUUAGUAUGAAGCUGUAGAAAUAGAUUGUAGUUACUCUGCUGAUUGCAGCCAUCUGCUGUUCCCUGCUGGCUAGGGAGCGGUAUGUUAGGUUAUGAUGAGCUACUUUUUUUUUCUGUACAGUCACUUGGAAUAAGUUAACGCUGAAUGUGUAGCUAAGCUUGCAAAUCAUUUUUCCAUAUCCACACUUCUUGAAAGAUAUUAUCUUGAAUGACUGAAUGUGAAAGGAACUGUAUUUCCCCAAAAAUAGCACAGCUGUUAGUUUUUCAGUUAUACCAAAGGAAUCGCCUUUUGGUUGGUUGACCUGUUUAAGAGCACAGAAAUAGUAAUAUGUAUAUGUUUUAAUUCCUUUUUUCUUAUUUAGUCACUUGUUACAGCACUUAGAACUUAUUUUGCAGCCUCUGUGGUAUGUCAGGGAUUUCCUGUAGGUGAUAUGGUUGUAAUUGUAAUCCAAAGGCAACAUCUUGGAUCAGUGUUCUGUGUACCAAAAAGACUGGUGCCAUUCUCUGAAUACUGUCCACCCACACACAUUGUUUUGCAGCUGAAAAACAUUUGUGUGCAUCUUGGUGGAGGCUGUGCUGUUUAUUAACAGUAUGCUUCCCCAACUUCUGAUUCUUCGAUUUCUUUCUGGCAUUGAUGUAAAGCACAUCUGCUUUGAUGAAAAUCAGCUUAUAAAACAUAGGAUAGGUGAGUGAGAUAUGUUUGCCUCUCUAUACAAACAAUGUUUUUCAGGUUUAAAUUGUAAGGACAGAUUUUUGUCAGUCCUGAGCAGAGAUGGGGUGCCAACUUUAUAGCCCUGUUGUGUUUGGCAGUGAUGUCAGUUUUUUUUUUUUUUUUAUACCCAAACCAUAAUGUUAGCAAUGGGCAGUGCCCAUUACAGAGUCUGAGUCUUUGUGCUCUCCUAAGAAAGAUGCAUUUUAAAUAACAUUUUAUCAUUCCUCCCAACAAGCACACACAACAGACUUUGUAAGACCACAGACCAUGGCGAUCUGCAAAACGUAACAGCAUUUUGAGAAUGUUGUACAAGUAUUGAUGGUAAUGUUUUAAGGUAGUCUCUACUCUACUGUCUCUUGUGAUUGAUUGUAAUGAUAUAGAAUUAUCUGAUUUCAAAGGAAAGAUUGUGCACCAGUUUUAGAAUUCAGAGAGAUUUUAUUUAUUGUGUUGUUUCACCUCCAUUUUGUUGUCAUUUGGAGAUGAUCUGUGAAGUUUACGUUUAGCCAUUUUAACAUAUAAUCAGAACUUUCCUCUGGACCCAUUAUAAAAUGCACUAAAAGAAUGUAAAACGUCAUUAUAAACAGUGAUAUAAAAAAAAAAAGGGCAGACACUGAUUAUAUAAUACACACGUGUAUAUGUAAGGGGGGUUGUGCCCCCCCCCAACUUUAUCCUUGACUUGAUCUUGCUUUACUUAAAAGAUUAAAAAUCUGUUUACAUUCUUUGCAGCCCAGCAUGGAAUCUACAUAUAAAUUAGACCACUGGGCACUCGUUUAACAUCUUUGUAAUAAUUUGUUACUCUGAGGUAUUCUUGAGCAGAUAAUCAGAGCACACGAGUCAGAACAUUGUAUGCAUUACUGUGCAGCAGUCAGAAAUGAUUUCUGAUCUCCAGAAUGACUUAGCAGGGAAGUUUGCGAACUGUUUCAAGUUAAAUGUGGACUUGUCUACCAUGUUUAUGCUGUGCUGCAGUUUUCCUUGCUGUUUACUUUGAGCCCUGUAAAUAGUUUCUGAAAAUGUCUGUUCAUAAAGGAGGUGUGAUAGUGGAAGCAGUGCUGCUAACAGCAUAAAGGGAUUAGUUGAGUGUCUUUGGACUGCUGUUGGAAUAAAAUUAGAGACCAGACUAGACUGUAGGGGUAAGAAACUGCACUUACCCGUAGGAGGUAAAGCAGUUUUGUGAUGUAAUGAAAAUUUGGAAUGGUGGUUUUGUUUGCCUUUCAUGUUCUUUCUUGUGGGUUUUUCUUUUUAAUUUUUUUACCCGUUUUUACAUUGAACCUGAAAAAUCCAUUUUAUGUGGCUCAGUGCACUAUAAAUGUUCUUGGUUGUUUCUUAUCCAACAUUUCUUGUUUCUAGUUGAGAAAUGAAACAGUUUCAAAUAUUCUGAUGCCGUGAAACGUUAAACUUCCCCUUUUCCCAUUAAUUAUAUAUUGGCCUGUAAAGUUUAUGCCCAACUUUGAGCAUUUGUAGGAAUGGAGUAAUUUGGUGUAUUGCAUACUGCUUCCAAGUUACACUUAGGGCUUGUCAAAGAUUAAGACUUGUCUGUACUAAGAAAGAAAAAUCCUUGGUGGCUAGUAGUUAUAAAAAUAGGUAUGAAAAUGUAUAGCUUGUUGCAUUGCUUUUUAUUAGUAAAAAAUGUUCAUGGUCUUUUAAUCGGCUGCAUUUGCAUACUGGGUCAUGCCAUUGUGCACCUAUCUAUGGGGUGUCAGUACUCUCACUCCUGGGAGUGGUUGUUGAUGUUUAAGUUACAUGGUUCAUCUAGAUAAGGAGAUCCUUUGUGCACGGGUUGUACUUGGGCUUUUAGUUCUGGGGACCUAAAAACAUUUUCAGCUUAUGCCAUUGCUUCUACCUGUAGCAUGUUAUCCUGUAUUUUAUUUAUGCUUUUUGCCAGUCCAUCUGCUGACCUUGGUCUUCCUCUGUAAAUUGUAUCCAUUUGUUUCCGGACACUGAUAAUGUGGCCACUGACUGAGGUGAUUGCCAGCUGGAGGGACCUGUCUUGCACACAAGCAAUAAAAUUGCUUUACUCCAGCUGUCUGUUGAGCAUUAUCUUGCCUUAGUCUGCUGCCCACCAAGUAGAUUGGUGGUCCCACACUGCAGGUCAUCCCAACCAGAAGCCUAAGGGCCACAGCAAAGAGGCGAUAUCGACAUCAAGCCACCUUUGCAUUUUGAAAGCCCACAAAAUGGCUCACAGCACCCCCAACCCCCCUCACCCUACUGUCAAUGCCUUGAUCAGUCUGUGGGUCCAAAAGGAAAUUUUACCACUACCAACGGCUGUGCAUUUCUGGUUUGCAGGCCUACCUCCCGGCUGUAGCUGACAGGUGCAUCCACAUUAUUGGGGGACGUGCUGCACCUUUGUUAUGUCCAUGUAGGGGCUGUGCUGUACCUUUGCCAUGUCCACGCAUGCCUUUACAUAUCUACUCUGCCAACGGCUACCACUACCAAGCCCAUAUCUCUGGUCUUGGCAACAUUUGAUGCUGUGCAAGCUUAGACUUGUACGAUGGCAGUUUAGCCAACCAGAAUCCUCUCUUCCCCCCCCCACAGGGUGGGGGAGUUUGCAUUGGCUGCUUAUUGCACCCCAGCUCAGCUCUUCCAAGUACCCAAGGUGCCACCGUAACUCAAGAUAUGUGGAGUGCAGUAAAGGCUUUGUCUAUCCCACAGAGUGGAGACUCAUUUUUUAGUAUGUUUCAGCUAGUCUUAAAAAGUUAAAUCACUUGUUUGAAAUGUCACAGAUUUCUUUAAAAAAAAAUGUGCAUGGUCGCCACGUGCUGUAGAAGUCAAACUUCUGCAAGGAAGUGCGAAGGAAAGCAAAUGCAGUACAGUAUAAGCAAAUACACUUAUAAGCGUAGAUAUUUUAUGAAACUGUCUGGAGUGUUAAGUAUGUACUGUAAUCCUCCUAAACUGAUGCCUGCAUGAACCCAAGAGUUCUUUCUCUGAGCAGAUUUAGAGCUCUGAUCACUGUGUGUGUAUCUACUGAAGUAACAUGAUGUGUUAAUUGCUGCAUUAUCAUUUCCCUCGUCACGAUGGCAGACAGUAAAGCUGAACAAAUGCUGGAAAAUGGUUACUUAGUCAUAUGCUCUUGACUUAAUAUUUAGUAAUAGUUUGACAUGAAGCCAAAAUGCAUGGCGAAGUGCAGCACUUAGAUAAAUGAACUUUUGAUUUUUUUUUUCCCAGUGUGUAAGGAAAAGGGAAAAGAAGCCAGUAGUGUGGUAAGAGUUCCAGUAAACCUGAGGAUUACAAAAUUUGCUGAAUGAUUUGUUUUUCUUUUGCUUACGGAAAUGCAAGACAUGCACAAUGUGUCAUGAGAGGAUGGCCACACUAUUGUUAACAUCAGUAAAUCGUUUAGGCUGUUCCAGUCCUAUUCCUGUGCAUUAGUCCUUGAUAAGAAAAAAAAAAAUAUUUCACCAUUCUGAUCACAUGAACCAGUGAUUCCUAUAAUUUCACCAGGAGCCCCACGGGGACGACUUUUGCCAUGACAUAUCUAUUAACUGCUGAGAAAGAGGCAGAAGCCAAAUAUAUCCUUUGCUUAAAGCAGUGAGUGGAAUUAGUUUGCUUUAUAACUGUUGUAUCCAUUUUCAUUCGCUUUCUGUGAUCAAGUGUGGUCUCAAUAUCUUGGCAGAAGACCGUUAAGCAAUGGCUUUGCUUUAAUGCCCACAUCAUAAAAUCUAGUGCUAAAAUAAAAAAAAAAAAGGAUCCCAUUUCCGAAUUCAAAGUUGCAUAUUCCCAGAACUGCUACAUUUUUGUGUGGGUGUGUGUGUGGGUAUAACUACCUAAACCGUAUCACAGUGUAAUACUUAGCUGAAUAUAGAAGUUAUCAUUUUUUCUUAAUUUUGCGAUCCACAUUAGUUUCCUUUCUAGCUGUAGUCAUCAUCUUAUAGCUGUAAGCAGCAGGCAAACUUAAUUAAAUAUAUAAAGUUUGUCUGUGCAUGUAUGCACGUGUGGAAGUUUAUGCGUGCAUGUGAGUGAAAGCAAGA